CAACUUUUUGUCUUCAACUUGACUUUUAUCGCCAGCAAGCAAGCGCUUCAUUGAUUAUCUUCCUUACCACUUCUCAUCAUCAUCAAAUCUAUUAUCAAUCGCGACUUGGGUCUCUCAUCCGUCACAAUGGCGCCCAACCUCUUUAUCUGUCUCCGCAAAGCAUUCUGUCCCGUAUAUUGGUUCCAACGUGGAGAACGCAUCCACGGAUCCAUUCACAAAGAGGAACAUUGGGAGAGCCCUGUUCCUGGUAUCUACAAGUACAUCCCUGGCCGGGGAUGGCACCUCGUCCACAAGGAUGGCAAUGAGUACGAGGAGAAGCUACCGGUACCUCUUGUCUACAGUCGCAUCCUCCACCGCUACAUCUUCGAACACGAGAUGGAGGAGCGCUGCCGCUGGCACUCUGUCCUUAUCCACGAGGGAGCUAAGCCCGAACGACUUCUGUUCUUUCUGUUGGACGAUGGCUACACCUGGGUUGCCGGCUGGGAUGCCAAGGGCAAGUUCAUCCCGGGUCCGUAUCAAAAAUGGCACUACGACUCGGAGGCGCGCACCAUGCGCCGGGAACUGUUCCCUGAGAGUUCGAACGUCUCCCGUGCUAGCGUUGUGCCGAGCAAGUUGACCUGAUCACUCGACAUCGACUGUCUGUCUUGGAAUGUUCGACCAUCGCAUUUUAGUGGCGUCUGCAGCUGGUCUCUACAGCGCACGCGUUGGCCGUUCACGACCGAUUCAAAAUGAAUAUUUCUCUUUCGAGCUAGCGUUCUAGCGUCUUUUUUUCGCUGUGUGUUUGUUUGUUUGCUUUUCGCUUCAUGUGUCACGCAUAACUCGCUUAUGAACUUGCUGGGAUGGCUCUACUGCUUUGAUUGGGUAGAGAACUUGCUUUACAUAGCGACGAAGGCGUUUGGGUCUAGGUUAUAGAUAACCGGAUAGAUGUUUGUUUUCUUCCUUGUUUGCUAUAGAUUCUUUGCCUGCUAGGAAAUUUCGGAGAUACCUUUGUUAGAUACUGUCUGUGUGGUGCGCAGAAUGAAUGAAGAAGGCUGAAAGUGAUUCAUAA